AUUCGAAGAUGGCUUGGUUCCAGAAAACAUUCAAAAUAAAUCAUGUCAAAUUUGAAGUAAAAAUGGCAAAAGCAAAAUGUCACAAAUGCGAGGAAAAAUGCGGCAAAGGAAAAGUGAACCCAGAAAUCCUCCAGAAACUAGAAAGAGGAUACAAAGAUCUCUUGAAGUCCGAUUCGAAGUCCCUCGUGAAAAAAUACCUGACGUUAGACGUUUUUGACAAGCUGAAAAUCAAAAAGACCUCGUUCGGUUCUUCUCUGCUGGACUGCAUUCAAUCAGGAAUGGAGAACCCGGACUCAGGCAUCGGAAUAUACGCAGCCGAUCCAGAAACAUAUACGCUAUUCGCCGAUAUAUUCGAUCCCAUCAUACAAGACUACCACGAAGGUUUCAAGAAAUCAGACAUUCACCCUCCUACAGACUGGGGGGCUAUACAGAACGUCGGCAACGUCGAUGCCAAAGGGGAAUACGUGAUAUCGACGCGAAUCCGAUGCUGCCGAUCCCUAGAAGGUUAUCCCUUCAAUCCCUGCCUCAAAGAGAACGAGUACAAAGAGAUUGAAGCCAAAAUGACGGACGCCCUAUCAACCCUCACUGGCGAGCUGAAAGGGACCUACUACCCUCUCGAGGGCAUGACCAAAGAAGUGCAACAGAAGCUCAUCGAUGACCACUUUCUAUUCAAAGAAGGCGACAGAUUCUUGCAGUCGGCUAACGCUUGUCGUUUCUGGCCCACUGGAAGAGGCAUCUUCCACAACGAGAAUAAGACCUUUUUGGUUUGGGUGAACGAGGAAGACCACGUCCGCAUUAUAUCCCUUCAACAGGGUGGCAACCUAGGGGAAGUCUACCAGAGGUUCGUUUCGGGAGUUAAGGAACUGGAGAAGAAGCUGAAAUUCAUGAAGAACGAACGGUUCGGUUAUCUGACCUUUUGUCCCACGAAUCUGGGCACUACCAUCAGAGCUUCGGUGCACAUCAAGGUGCCCAAACUUGCCAAGGAUAUGAACAAGUUGAACGAGUUGGCGGAUCGGUACCAUUUGCAAGUGCGUGGUACCAGAGGGGAACAUACGGUAGCCGAAGACGGGAUUUAUGAUAUAUCUAAUAAGCGCAGAUUGGGACUCACCGAGUACGAAGUUAUAAAGGAAAUGUUCGAUGGGAUUGUGGAGAUAAUCAAACGCGAAAAAGCAGGAUCCUAAAGAUUGUCCGAACCUCGAAAUUUGUGAAUUUGAAGUGUGAUUUCAGAAAGUAACAAUAAAAAAUUA